AUGACGCCUAAUCGACAACCACCAUCCCAGAAAGGAUGGUCAGCUCUUGAGCAACUCCCGCAGGGGGUGCUUGAGAGAAUAGCCGAGUUCUGUGGUAGUAUUACUGCUUUCUCGUCCACCGAGCAAGCCGACCAGUUCACCGAGAACAUUAUCGACUUAGCGGCGUCAAACACUCGGGAACCAAGUUACCAGGACCUUCGUUCACUGGCACUUACUUCCGCCAGCUUAGCUUACCCGGCCAAGCGCGCCCUUCUGAUCCUGUAUCCCCAAAACCGGCACUACGUCCGCUAUUUCGUGGCUCGCAUUGCGGAUCGUAUUCACUCCCUACCCAAUAGAUUCAUCCCGCCCCGGCCCCUAGUAAUGGCAAGCUUCAUACGCAACCUCUACCCGGUCCUUUCGGCUCUCAUGGACGGUGCUCUUCCCGAGCACAGCUUUCUUCGCCAAACGCUCAUAAGCGCCAUCGACACUCUCACCGGAAGCGAACCUUCAGAAUGGGGCAAUUUGAUGAUCCAGAUCGUGGGCGAAACCGGUGUGAACUUCCACACCAUAGAGAAUCAAGUUUUUACGACGGCCGUGCAACUCUGUCCCCGCGUCGCAGCUACUCGUUUCUGCUUUGGUGAGCCAAGACGCCAUUCCGCAGGACCACAGCCCGCCGACCAAGCUGCUUCAAAUACCUUACUAUAUUUCACCCUGCUCCAAAACUGCUCGUCGCAUCUCAAGUCCUUAACUUUCGACUUUGGGGCUCUUUACUCCCUCAUCAACUUUAAGAGCUACGUACCGGGCUACCCAACCGGCUGCCUAUCCUCCAUCAAACGGCUCACCCUGGUCGGAAACAGGGUUCAGUCCGAACUGCCGUACGAUUUGUUCACCAUCGAAGUCUUUUUCGCCUGGUUGAGAACAAACACGAAGUUGCGCGAGCUCAGGCUAAUCGACGACUUUGACAAGAUGAUCCAGUACUCCGAUAGUAGGGCUACCGCUGAAGCCAACGGUAACUCAGCGCCUGCCAAACCUCUCAACUGGAAUAACAUCCUGCGUAUGUACAAGUGUACUCUCGAGGUUCUGGAAAUGAGCUGGUACCGCCCUUCUGCCUUUGGCAUGAAGGCCCGGUUUGGCGCCUCAGGGAAGCUAGAUUGCUUGUCCGAGAUGGGCAAACUGAGAUAUCUGAAGGUGCCCUUGGUUGCUCUUGGCGGUAGCGACUUUAUUGUGCUAUUAGGCAACGAUGGUAAGCUUAUUGAUAUGGUUCAUAGUGAACUUCCUGCCAGACUAAAGAGAGUCGACUUGAUGGUGGUUAAUCCGCCAGCGACUCGGGCGGAGAGAACGGACCUCAAGUGGAGGGUUGUUAAGUGCCAGAUUUGA